GAGUUGGCAACUCGAUUCCUCCAUGGCGAACUCACUCCCGACUCGAUUCGUCUUCAACGCAUCGUGUGAUCUUAUCCCGUUCGUCUCACCGGCUCUUUUGCGAGUGUACUAACACCAUAUACACUGCAUGUAGAACAUCGUGUUUUGUCGAUGCUCGUGAAUAAUCGGCUCUCCGUAGUGGAUGAUGGAAACGGAUGACGAUUGUAAUCGCCAGGGAGCAGGAGUCGCCGCACGGCCGCGCUGGUUCGCGUUCGGAUUCAACGCGUUCGGGCAGCUCGGCCCAUCGGGGAGCGACCCGCGGGAACUUUGCGUGACCCGUCCGAGACGCCUCACGCUCGGGGCCCACGAGACGGGGGAGAGAAGAGACGACGAGGAGCGGCAGCGGCAGGAGGAGGAAGGAGAGGAGGAAGGAGGAGAGGAUGAGCGAGAGGAUGAGCAAGCCGUGGUAGACGUGGCCCCGGCAUGGGGCAGCGCGGCGCUGCGCGGUUCUCGAGAUGUGUGCGUCCAGGGGUUUGCACAGGGAGGGAGAGCGGGCCCCACACGCGUUCCCCUGGCCGACGGAGCGCAGCAGCUGGCAUGCAAUGAUAGUUGUCUCGUGCUCGUGACGCACGCGUGUGCCCAGGUGUGGGAGUGGAGCUUGGCUCUCCUGCCUCCAGAGGACUUGCAUGAGAAUGCACGUCCCCUUUGGGACAUGCCCCUACUCUCGGGAGCAAAGGAGGCACCAGCAGUGCUCCCUCUCGUGCCCGGUGGUUAUGUUGACCUGCGACCUCCUUUCUUCCAUCCACUGCCUGAGCUGGCGGGAGGGGUGCGGGCUCUUCAACUGGCCCUGGGGCGCGAGCAUGUGCUCCUUCUCACAGACGAUGGAACCGUUUGGGGUUGGGGCCCCGGCAGGCAUGGACAGCAAGGACAUGGUACAACAGAGGCCGAGGUGGCCCCCCGGCCCGUCGAGGGACUGCAGGGCCUUCCCAUGGUGGGCGUAGCGGCAGGGGGGUGGCACUCGGUGGCCCUCAGCAGGGGUGGGGAUGUUUACACUUGGGGCUGGAAUGAAGCUGGACAGCUGGGCCUGCCAUCAAAACGUGGUCUCGGUGAGGGGAGUAACUCUCCAAAACGAUGCAAUCUCCAUGGGCGGGAGAAUGAUUGUUCACUGGUGCCACCGUCGGAUGCAAACAAACAACAACAUGGGUGCGGAACGGAUGAAGAACGAGAGCCACAGGACGUCUCUCAUGGAGAAAAGGGAGAAUCACAGAAGACGGGAACACAAUACAUCUCAAUACAAGCCUUCCCUGCACUGCUGGACUUCCCCGGCGAUGAUGAGAUAUCGGCCGUCGCCACUGGGUCCAGGCACACAGUCGCCCUCACGAAGUGUGGCAAGCUCUACACAUGGGGAUGGGGGGAGCAUGGCCAGCUGGGCCAUGGCUCCCGGAGGAGUUGGGACGAGCCACAGCACGUGGAAUUCUUCUGCCAGCACAGCCUUGAGGUGGUGGCAGUGCGCUGCGGUGACUGGAGCACCUUUGCAAUGGCACGGCCUAUGCCCAGCAAUAAAUAAAGUAAAUGUUUCAUAUUU